AUGGGCGAUGCUUGGUUACAAUUUCAAAUCCGUUAUUAUAUGUUUGCUCUAGUUUGUGUUGUUUUUGAUGUUGAAACAGUGUUUCUUUACCCAUGGGCAAUGAGUUUUGAUGUAUUGGGGGUAUCCAUAUUUCUAGAAACAAUUAAACAAAACAUUGAGACAUUUAUGAAUUCCAUUGAGUUUCCCCUACUUGAUCAAAAAACCAAAAAUUCAGUUAUCUCUACUACAUUAAAUGAUUUUUCAAAUUGGUUAAGACUAUCCAGUUUAUGGCCACUUCUCUAUGGUACUAGUUGUUGCUUCAUUGAAUUUGCUUCACUAAUAGGAUCGCGAUUUAACUUCGAUCGUUAUGGACUGGUACCCCGCUCUAGUCCUAGGAAGGCAUACCUCAUUUUAACAGCGGGCACCGUAACUAUGAAAACAACUCCUUCUUUAGUUCGAUUAUAUGAGCAAAUUCCCGAACCAAAAUAUGUUAUUGUUAUGGGAGCCUGUACAAUUACAGGAGGUAUGUUCAGGAGGUAUGUUUACUAA